AUGGCUGCUUCCCUGCCCAUUGUAGAUUUCGGAGCUUUCAUUGAUCCUGCUUCCUCGUCUGAAGAGAGAAAGAAGGUCGCGCUAGAUAUCGACCGUGCUUGUCGGGAGGUUGGCUUCUUCUACCUCAAGAACCAUGGCAUACCCAUGAGCCUCGUUGGGGACAUGUUGACCAAGUCGCGGAACUUCUUCGAGACGGCAACACCGGAAGAAAAAGAACGGCUUGCCAUACGAAAGAUCGCCGAAGGGGGAGACAACGCACGUGGGUUUCUGAAGAUCAACAAUCCCACGAAGGGGUCGCACGAGGCAUUGGAUGUUUAUCGUCCCGUCGAGACACAAGGUCCACCGUACACGACGGGCAUGGGUCUCAACCAGUGGCCCUCGACCCCGUCCGAUUUCCGAGAGACAGCGGAAGAGUACAUCGAACGCUUAGAGGCUCUCGGGACUCAAGUCAUGAAGGCCAUAGCGAUCGGACUGGAUGUCGACGAGAGCAUCUUCCUUAACCGGAUCGACAAAGCCUUCUGGAACCUCCGCAUCUUGGGCUACGAGGGACGGAAGGAAAGGUCAAAGCAACUGGCGGGCAUCGGAGAACACACAGACUUUGGGAUCCUGACGUUCCUCCUGACCGACUCGAACCCCAAGUCUCUCCAAGUGCUCAGCAAAUCUGGUGAAUGGAUCUGGGCAGAUCCCAUCGAGGGCUGCUACGUCUGCAACAUCGGCGACAUGCUGCACGAAUGGACCCGCGGGGCGUACAAGUCGACCUUGCAUCGCGUCUGCCACGACGCCGACUCGUUACGGAUUUCCAUCCCGUUCUUCUUUGACCCGAAUUGGGAUGCCUUCAUCUCCCCGGUGCUCCCCCCGGCAGAGGGAGUCGUAGACGAGGACGAGGGUAUCCGGUACGAGGACAAGUUUGUAAGGUCGGUCGAGUACCCUCUGUGGAGGGAUGCGUUGGUCCAAAAUCCUCCGACAGUUGUUGCAUCGCAAGUGGCAUAA